AUGGAGAGGGAAAAUGGAACGUUGUUGUCAGAGUUUGUUCUCAUAGGACUCACACGGCGACCACAGUGGAAGAUCCCUUUGUUCCUGCUGUUCCUGGGAGUGUAUGUCGUCACUGUCAUGGGGAACCUCAGUCUGAUUGCUCUUAUCUGGAAGGACCCUCACCUUCACAUCCCCAUGUACUUCUUCCUUGGGAGUUUAGCCUUUGUGGACACAUCUAUAUCGUCGGUUGUGAUUCCAAAGAUGCUGGGUAACUUCUUAACGAAAAUGAAUACUAUUUCUCUGUCCCAAUGCAUGGCACAAUUUUUUUUAUUUAAUCUGAGUGCAACUACCGAAUGUUUUCUUUUGUCAGCCAUGGCUUAUGAUCGCUAUGCUGCCAUAUGCAAUCCCUUACACUACCCAGUGAUAAUGACCAAUAAACUAUGCAUCCGACUUAUAGCCUCAUCAUUUCUAGCCGGGCUUUUCCACGGUUUACUUCAUGAAGGUUUUUUGUUGAGAUUAACCUUCUGUAAUUCCAACGCAAUACACCACUUUUAUUGUGACAUUAUAUCAUUAUUUAAGAUUUCCUGUACUGACACGUCUAUUAAUUAUAUAAUUGUUUUUAUUUUUUCUGGUUCAAUUCAGGUGUUUACUAUUUUGAUAGUUCUUGUCUCUUACACACUUGUUCUCUUUACCAUCUUAAAAAAGAAAUCUGCCAAAGUCAUAGGAAAGGCCUUUUCUACCUGUGGGGCCCAUCUCUUCUCUGUGUCUUUAUACUAUGGGCCUCUUCUCUUCAUGUAUGUGCACCCUGCUUCUCCACAGAUAGAGGAUCAGGACAUGGUGGAUUCUCUGUUUUAUACGGUCAUAAUUCCUGUGUUAAAUCCCAUUAUCUACAGUCUGAGAAAUAAGCAAGUCAUAGAUUCAGUGAAAAAAAUCUUGAAAAGAAAUGUUUAA